AUGAACACUAUACUGAGGAAGUGCAAGAGCUUGUCAAAGCUAGGGAGGAGUUCGUCUUACAGUAGUUUGAGGUCGAAAUCCACGAGAGAAGAUGAGUUGUGGCCGGAAGACGGCGCUGCAAUCAGUGCAGACAACGGCGCCGACGAGGUGGCGGUGUUCGUGGGGAGAUCGAGGCGGCGGUACUUGGUGAACUCGAAGCACCUGAAUCACCCACUGCUGAGUGCGCUCAUCGAUCGAUCUAAGCUCGGUGAGAUACGCAUCAAGUGCGAGGUUGUGCUGUUCGAUCACCUGCUGUGGAUGCUGGAGAACGCGGAGCUCGACGCGGCCGACGACGCCGCGACGCUGGAGGAAUUGGCCGAGCUCUAUGCAUGCUGA